UCCCUCGAGGACUCGCUUGCUCGGCUAACGCCUCACCGCUCGCUUUUCGAGGGCCUCAUUCUCUCGACGUUCUCAAGAUUCAACACGCUGACAUCAACGACAAAACAUUCUGUAUCCAUCCGUGACUUUCAUACGUCUCUCCGCUUGUCUGAGAAAAUUGACAAGGCCCAAAAAUGCCAUCCUUUCUCGUCAACCUCGGCCUAACCGCCAACGACACAAUGGCUCCUCUUCCUAAUUACGGCCCUCAUUUUCUACUUGCAAAUUUUCUGCUGUCUUACAUUUGUACAUCGACUCGCAUCCAAAAGCUCGGCCUCCGCAUCGACAAUAACAUGAACCCUCGCUAUGAUCUCGUGUCUCCCCGCGCAGAAAAGCUGGUCUCGACGGGUAGAAUCACUCAAGAGCAACUCGAUCAGAUGCGCCGCGUUCAAUCCGCCCACAGCAAUUCUAUGGAACACUAUACCGUGUUUGUGGCGGCUGUCUUGUCGGCCAUCGUGGCUAAACUGGAUAAUGGAAUGGUCAACAGAUAUGCGGUUUUGUAUACCAUUGCGAGGGCUGCUUAUUUCUGGGUCUAUAGGCAGAAUACUACUAGGUCGGCUGCUGGGGUCAGGAGUGUGUUGUGGUGGGUUAGCAACAUUCUUUGUAUCCGUCUGUUUUGGUUCGCUGGAAAGGCUUUAAAUGCGGAUGUGGUUUAGAGCCAUUUCUGACGGGAAUCAAGAUCGUGUUCGAUAUGGACUUGCUGUUCGAUGAGCUACGAUCCAGAAAGAUGUACACAUCAGUACCUUGGCCACCUAGAAGGCAGUCGGUCCCAUCCAUGGCCUCAAAUUUGACAC